AUGCCGAUAUGGAUCCUUCGACGUGUUGCACAGCCCCUCUUACGGCAGUGGGAGGCAGAGACAGGAAAUUUGGCUUCUGUGUGCCAAUACUACCUCACAGUCUGUUUCUUUCAACAUCUACCUCACGACCGUCUCCUCGACCCUCCCGCAAUAUCUACACCGCUGCCGCUUUGGCGGGUCCCUUUUGUUCGCACUUCCGACGCCCUUUCCGCCUUUGUCAAGCAGCAUCGCUUGCUGGGGCUGGAGAAGAUAAUGACCGGCAAUUAUGGAGGGAGACAAUUUCAGGAGCCGCAGUUCCUUGUCUUCUGCAAUCGCAUAGGCGCUCUCAUCGUAGCAUCUGUCUGUAUCCACAUUGUGGGAUCUCGACAGUUGGAGGCAGUGGUAACGGCUGCAGACGUACAGGGCGAGGCGCCGCUCUCAAGCUAUGCCAACCCUGCACUUAGCAACAUCCUCUCUAGCUGGUGCCAGUAUGAGGCCCUCAUUUUCAUCACUUUCCCCAUCCAAGUCAUUUCAAAGUCUUGUAAGGCUAUUCCUGUAAUGCUGAUGGGUAGACUUCUCUAUGGCCGUUCUUACAGAGCUUUUGAAUAUAUCACAACCGUACUUGUCAGCAUUGGUGUGAGCGUAUUUAUUCUAUCAUCGCCACUGGAGCAUAGUGGGAAGACAACAGUGAAUUCGGUUAGCGGACUUGUCCUUAUCUGUGGUUACAUCGUUUUGGACUCCUAUACAUCCACAUUUCAAGACAAUCUCUUUCGGAUUUACAAGGUUUCACCACUCCAGAUGAUGCGUGGUAUUUGUGCUUGGGCAGUGCUAUUCACUAUCACACCACAGUUGGUGGAUGGAACACUGUCCUCUUCGCUGAGGUUUGCUUUGGAGCAUCCUCAGUUCGCUCUUGACGUGACUACCUCUGCCAUAUGCUCCGGUUUUGGUCAGGUACUAAUUUUCGCUACCAUAGCCGAGUUCGGCGCCGCCACCUUCACCAUCGUUAUGACAAUUCGGCAGUGUCUGUCCAUCCUUGUUUCCUGUCUUCUCUUUACCCAUCCCAUGAACGCAGUUGGAGCCUUAGGCCUGCUGAUCGCCUUUGGUGCAAUCCUCUCUCGUAUCAUCUACAAAAGAUUGACCUCCAAAAGGCAGGCCUAA